GUCUGUGUUUAGUUAUUUGUAAUCACGUUAUAGGAAAGCCGUUUUACGAUAAGAAUAGGAUGGAUGUACAUGACAAAAUUGCCACUUCUGAAAUAGUUCCAUGGAGAGAGAACAGUGGAAAGCAAGGCGAAAAUGAGGAUGAAGAACAAGAAGAAGAACCAGAAGAGCUGGCAGCCAUAAAGGAAGAAUUGUCUCACAUGCCAUUUGAAGAAUUGCAAAAACUCAAAGAAAGACUGGGGUCAAAACUGUACAAAAAGGCCUUGCAUGGGAAAGCUAAAAAGAAAGAAAAUGGAAAGAAAAAAUUUAAAAGGGAAAACAAAAACAGGCCUAUGGAAAUGUCAGCCAAGAAACCUGUUGGCAGAUUCAGGGAAAUUGUUUCUGUAAAGAAGAAGAUAAACAGAGAUCCGAGGUUUGAUGAUCUUUCAGGAGAAUACAGUCAAACCAUAUUUCACCAAACAUAUUCAUUUCUGGAUGAUUUGAAAUCAAGAGAAAAAAAUAGUGUCUGUUCCUGGCUUGGCACCUUAUGUUACCUCAAAAUUCAAGAGCCCAAAAAACUCCAGAUGGCCGAUUUUAAGAUCUUUUGA